UGCGCUCUGGGCUGUGGAGGCUGAGGAGCGGGCGCCCGCGGCAGCGUCACCAUGACCGCGGCGAUGAGGCAGAGGUUUGACCGGUUCCUGCACGAAAAGAACUGUAUGACCGCAGUGCUCGAGCGGAUCGAAAGCAAGACCGGCGUCAGCCGCACCUACAUCGCCACCGCCAUCGUCGGGGCGGUGGCCGUGUACCUGGUGGUGGGCUACGGCGCGUCCCUGCUCUGCAACGUCAUCGGCUUCGGCUACCCCGCCUACGUCUCAAUCAAGGCCAUUGAAAGUCCCAACAAAGAUGAUGACACACAGUGGCUGACUUACUGGGUUGUAUAUGGUGUUUUCAGCAUAGUGGAAUUCUUCUCUGAUAUUUUUCUGUCCUGGUUCCCUUUCUACUACAUGCUAAAGUGUGGCUUCCUGUUGUGGUGCAUGGCUCCAAGUCCUUCCAAUGGGGCAGAGUUUCUCUAUCAUCGAAUUAUCCGGCCUUUCUUCCUGAAGCACGAAGCUCAGCUUGACAGUGUUGUUAAAGACCUGAAAGAUAAGGCUGCAGAGACUGCAGACACCAUCACUAAGGAAGCCAAGAAAGCAACAGUGAACUUACUGGGUGAAGAAAAGAAGAGCACUUAAACUACUAACUGGAUAAAGCUUCCCUACCACCUCCUUUGUGAAGCUUGAUGUUACUGGGAACUGUGGUAUAAUUUUAAAAAUAUUGCCUUGGAAACAUUUUGAUAUAUUAGAGGAAUGUGUUCUAAGUUUGCUUACUACUUUGCUGUGUCUGUAUAGAAAGUAAGCAUUAUUAUUUAAAAGCAAUGCAGUGGGCAGCACCUGAAGCUUAAUGAAAGUAUUUUAUUCAUCUUCAUGCAGAAGAAGUCUUUCAGUAAUUUCUUUCUACAGUAUCGUAAAUGAAAAGUAUAUAUCCCACAGGCUCUGCACUUUAGUUGUCUCUUCGUGUAUGUAAUUACUCUUAACACUUUGACUGUGGUGCAUCUGGUACCAUGAAGCUGUUGUGUAAGGAAAGUACUGGUCUAAACGGAUCUUCUUGAAUAUACAGGGAAUUAUCAUGAGAGCUGGCAUAACAGAUGUAUUCCCCACCAAUAAAGUUGUAAAUUAUGAAAUUACCUGUUCUAGGCACCUGAUGAUAGACAUUAUUCAGUGUUGCAUGUUUCAUUGAAACACAAUAUUUGGUACAAUAUUUGUGUGUAUUCUUAAACGAAUAGAUAACUAAUAUUGGAAAGAGUAACUUUAUUCAAGUGAUCAAGCUUAUGUUAGUGUGAAGUAAUUUGCCAGAAAUGGAUGCAUUAAAUUGCACAAAACCAGCACGAGAUGACUAAAGUACAACUCCUUGCCUCUUCUGGCUAAAUAAAGUUGUCAUCUAAAAUUGUUAAUGGAGUGCCUUUUAAGAUCACACUCAAAAGCACAAACUACCUUUCGAGUGGAGCGAUACCAUUACAAACACUUUUCCCUAAAGUCCUGUUAAAAUAUUAACUGCCUUGGGUGUCAGUUCCCAGAACUACAUCAUUAGUGGAAUGGACUACAACUUUCCAUGAGCUUUUUCUGCUCAUAAAAAUCUGCAAUCUCUUUUGACUGUGCUAAGAACAACCUUUAAUGAGCACUGAAACUUCCUGAAUAGAGAUGCUGUUGUCAUCAAGUGAUAUAUUCCUGACCAAUCAGUAAGAAUGCAACCGAUGUUGUUCAGAGAAUAAAGGCUCUUUGCAAUCAGUGGAAAAGAAUAUAUUUUUUUUUUUAGAUCUAAAUCUGUAUUUACUCUUUCAUACCACAGUAUUUUCAACAAAUUAGCAUGAAUUACUGAAAUUCCCUGUUCUCAUCUCCAUGCUGAUGUUUCUUUGAAGCCUACAGUAAUGCUAUGACAGUUCUUAACUCAGAGAACACACGGGAGGUAAGCUUAAGCUUUUGAUAUGAUAAAAAGUGAUUUCUGGUCCAUAUUCUUAAAUUCAAAAGAAUAAAUCUUAAAAUAGACUUUUGAAGACUUUUGGCUGUCUGCAACAAGUUGGUAUAUAAACAUUCACUGUAAAUUUUCAGAUGCAAGAACUGCAAAAGAAUGAAACAUAACAGUCCAACUCAGCAGGUCAGUUUUAAAUUUGAGAGAUAUAUUUUAAAAGAAGAGACGUAAAAGUGUCUCAAGAGAAAGCAUUUUAAGCUUUAAGAUGGAAAACGCAGCCCUUAACGGCUGUCAACUUGGAUAGGGAAGUAUGAGACCCACUGUGCAUCAUUUCCUGUGGGACAGCAUGCAGUUUGUCAUUUGAAGGAGAAGGUGUAAAAUAUCACAGCUAAUCAUUCCGUGACAACUUUUUGUUAUCAGUGGGUGUGCUGAAGAGGGUAAAGUUUACAGGAAAAUUGUAGAUGUGAGUAAAACAUUUGAAGUGACUCGCCAUUUAAGUGGGUUAAUUUCUUGUCUUACCUUCCUCUGUCUUAAACCCACUGAACUUUUCUGUAAGCCAUACUAAAUCCUAGUGCUGUGUUUUAAACAGUCAGCUGUGUAUAUAGCAGUCAUGUGGCCAGUGUAAUUUAGUUUCACCUCUUGAAAUAAUAAGUAAUAAAUAAAAAUAAAGAUACUUAAUAGGCUAUUUGAUUUAGGUACAAAGAACUGCAUAACUUCCCUAAAAGCUGCUGAUAAAUCUUUCCAAGCCUAACGAGGUUUGUAGUAGAGACAGAACUUACUUUUCAUUUCUCAUACUACUCAACAGUUCUUCCACUGUUAUUAAUGGGGAUAAAACAUUUCUAGGUCAGUGUUAAAACACUCCAUUACAUCUCUCUUAGAAUGUAACAGUUAGCCUUUAAAUCAGCUUCUUGUCUUUACAGCUUGGUAUUUCUUGACCAGCAGCUAAAUUCAGGGCUCCUUUGUUAGAUUUCUACUUGAACUAGAACUACCAUCUGUUGUUAACAGAACUUGAUCUUGUUGUUUGCCUUGAUGCAAGUAGAAAUGACUGAAUUUCCUGCAAGUCACUCCACUGGUCUGGCCCCAUAGAUCAGUGCUCUUCUCAAAGUCGUCUUCGUAACACUUACGUGCAAAUGUUGAUACACACAUCUACUCCAUGUCUGUGCUGAAGCUGUAAUGUGCUAAAUAAAAACGGACACAAAUAAAGAGAUUCUUAGAGGA